GUUCCAGGUGUUUCUCGCUGUAGAGUUUUAGUUGAAUUUUUGCCAUUUUAAAUGACAACGAGUUGUGAAUAGAGCUCAGGAAAGAUGCCGGCUCAAGAAAUAGCAACUCCCCAACCAGCGGAAGUCGAGGAUGCCGCGCCGUCCUCUCAACCGAUCGUCGGCAUCAUAUACCCUCCCCCGGAGGUUAGGAACAUCGUUGAUAAGACGGCUAGUUUUGUUGCUAGAAAUGGCCCGGAGUUCGAGUCGAGGAUCCGUCAAAACGAGCUUGGAAACCCAAAGUUCAAUUUCCUGAACUUUGGUGACCCGUAUCAUGCUUAUUAUCAGCAUAAAGUUAAGGAAUUCAAGGAGGGAAAGGCUCAGGAGCCUGUCAUCGGCCUGGGCGUUGGUAAAGGUGUGAAUCUCACAGCUCACCAGAAACAGCAAGAAAUUCUGAAGCAAGUCGAACAGCCAUUCGUGCCCAAGGAUCCACCAGUCGAUUUUGAAUUCAUUGCUGACCCGCCGUCUAUUUCCGCUCUGGAUUUAGACAUUGUCAAACUGACAGCUCAGUUUGUAGCUCGCAAUGGGCGCCAGUUUUUGACCAAUCUGAUGAAUCGUGAGCAGAGGAAUUUUCAAUUUGACUUUUUGCGUCCUCAGCACUCUCUCUUUCAAUAUUUCACUAAGCUUCUUGAACAGUAUACAAAGGUGCUGAUUCCUCCGAAAGAUUUACUUCCUCGGCUGCGAGAUGAAGCUGCAAACAUGGACAAGAUAUUGGAACAAGUGAAAUAUCGUGCAGAGUGGCUCAAGUAUCAGGAGGCGCAGAGGCGUAAAGAGGAAGAGGAAUUGGAACGCGAAAGAGUAGCUUAUGCUCAAAUUGAUUGGCAUGAUUUCGUCGUCGUUGAAACGGUUGAUUACCAACAGUUUGAAGUUGGGAAUUUCCCCGCUCCUACAACUCCGGACGAGGUCGGAGCUCGGGUUUUGAUGCAGGAACGCAUUGAGGAAGGAGAGGAGGUGGAAAUGCAAAUUGAAAGUGACGGGGAUGAAGAGCUCCACUCUCGCGAGGGUGAGAAAGAUAGAGCAAAGGAUAACAACCAGGUUCAAGAUAUGGAGGAAGAUUCCAGUGAUGAUGACGACGUUUCACCUCCUGGAGAUUCAAACAGAGGCAAAGACCAAAGACACCGCGAUACUAUGCAACCGCCGCCGCUACCUCCAACCCCUGGCAAUGUCGUCGUCAAGAAGGGGUACGAUCCGAAACAACAUGCUUCCGUGAAGAACACUCGCCCUGCUGCGCCAGACGAGUAUUUGAUAUCUCCUAUAACUGGGGAGCGAAUCCCAGCAAGCAAAGUGCAAGAACACAUGCGAAUUGGUCUACUGGAUCCUCGCUGGGUAGAGCAGCGUGACAAGCACCUGGACAAACUGGCCCAAGAGACUGUAUUCGCUCCUGGAACAGCGAUAGAAGCAAGUUUGAAGCAGCUGGCCGAGCGGCGUACGGAUAUUUUCGGUGUGGGAGAUGAGGAGACAGCUAUCGGUAAGAAGAUUGGUGAAGAGGACAAGAAGAAAGACGACAAAGUUACGUGGGACGGUCACACAUCGAGCGUUGAGGCCGCUACACGUGCCGCUCGCGCUAAUAUUACACUUGAAGAGCAAAUCCAUCAAAUCCACAAGGUUAAAGGCCUCCUGCCUGACGAGGAAAAGGAGAAAAUCGGACCGAAACCCGCCACUCGCGCUGCUGAACUCUCCCACAUGGCAGCUGCGGCUUCCAAGCCUCAGGCAACCCUGAAAGCUCCUCCAAAGCCACCUGCGCCCAAACCAGUACCGGUUCCUGCUCAACCACCACCGCCUUCGAUUGGAAUGUCAACGAUGGGUAUUCCGCAACCCAUAAUGCCUCAACCACCUAUGAUGAUGAUGGCACCCAUGCCGCCGAUUCGGCCACCCCCCUUAAUGACACCAGCGAUGUCACCGUUUAUGCCAACUCCACCCCCGAUGCAGCCGCCAUUACCAAGUGGGAUUGGAAUAAAGCAUCCUGGCGAGCCAAUGGAAGAAGAACCGCAAGCAAAGAAAUUGCGUACCGAAGAUUCCUUGAUACCGGAGCAACAAUACUUGGCUAGAAAUAAGGGUCCGGUGCAAGUCAAUAUUGCUGUGCCUAUGAUGACCGAGAAAGCUGAGUGGAAGUUGAAUGGACAAACUCUGAACAUCACAUUGCAAUUGAGCGAUACCAUUGCUACAAUGAAGGCAAGCAUUCACGAACAGACUGGAAUGCCUCCUGGGAAACAAAAGCUACAAUACGAGGGAAUGUUCUUUAAGGACAAUAACACCCUCGGAUACUACAAUUUAGCCUCGGGUAACGUGAUAAACCUUUUACCAAAGGAACGUGGUGGCAGGAAGAAGUAAAAGUUUUUCAGGUAAUUAAGGUAAUUGAUUAUAAAAACGUCAAUCAAUCGACCUACCCUAACAGAAUUUUCUGUUUCACUUAGACACUGGAUAUGUAACAAACUUAAACUACGCAUAUUACUGACUUCUUUUUUUUCCUGAGGGUAAAGUAAACCAAUUACAUUAGACAAACUUCUUUUCAAAUAAAUAAUCAUCAUGGGAAUAAUGUUUUAUUAAAACUUGUACUUUACAUGGAAUUUAGGCACAUGCGUGUAAGUAAAAUAGGUUUUUUUUUUUUCAUUCUUCAACGACUUGGAGCGAAAUUUCUGGAUUUUCUCCUGAUUAUAUCUUAUCCAGUUAGUGUAUGCGUGCCUACAACUACUCAAAUUUUCGUGAAAAAAAACGUAGGUGCUACAAGUUUGUAGCAGUCUAAUGACAUUACGAAACUUUUGCCAUUAUUUCGCCUACACACUUCACCACAAUUUAUAUAAUAUGCCUAUUGUAUAUUACACUGGAAAUGGAAUGCGCUAAGUUAAAUUACAUUAUGCAGUGACGUUAUUGCUAUUCGAGUAGAUCAAAAUUAACCUCAAGUAAAUUAUAUUAUCAUUAUCCAUACGUAAAAUAUCACCUGGAUGCCGUUUAAAUAUAAUUUCACUAACCAUUGACUAAAGAGAUACCGAUUAAUAAAAUUGGAAUAAACUUUUAAAUAAGCGAUAGACCACAAGCAUUUCCAGAAUGCUUAACAGCCUAAAAUUUCUGUUGUCAGUCAACGAAAUUAAAUUUAAAAAUAGAAGCCUCCUAAUUAACCAGCCCUGCCGUCAGUGCAGUAGAAAACUAAGUCAAGAUACUAUUGUCAAUGAAAAUUCGGAAUGUUAA